CAGAGUGGGCCACCCAGGAGGACCUUGGGCCGCACCGAGGAGGAGGAGGAGAGCAUAAAAACAGCAAUGGCAAAAUUUCUGUCCCAGGAUCAAAUCAAUGAGUUCAAGGAAUGUUUUUCCCUCUACGAUAAGAAACAAAAAGGCAAGAUAAAGGCCAGCGACCUGAUCACGGUUAUGCGCUGCCUGGGGACCAGCCCCACCCCAGGAGAGGUGACCAGACAUCUUCAGCUACACAAAGUGGAUGUCAGUGCUGAGCUGGAUUUUUCAGUUUUCCUGACAAUAAUAUACAGGCAAAUGCGGCAAGAAGAUCCUAGAAAUGAAAUCCUCUUGGCCAUGUCAAUGGCAGACAAGCAGAAGACUGGAUUCAUCACAGUGGCAGAACUGAGGGCCAAGCUGAUGAACUUAGGAGAAAAGUUGUCCAGGGAAGAGGUGGACAACCUUUUGAAGGACGCUGAAGUGGGACACAAUGGAAUAGUAAAGUAUGAAGACUUAGUCCAGUCAAUCACACUUCCUGUUGCUGAUUACUGAAGAUAAGAGCCAGGCUGGUGGCAGUGAUGGUGGCUUGCCGUGUUACUGUACGUGCUUU